UGCAGGUGGAUUCAACUUCCGCCCAAGUAGCGGAAACGACGUCAUUAAACCGCACUAUGUUUACUAUCGGUGGCUACGCGCUAAUCUAACGAGUAAAAUACAUUUACACAAUUAUUUAGCUAAGGAAAGAAAGUUAAAGUGAGUGCAGAUGGGGGAUUCCUCGGCAGCAUCGGGGACGUCGCUGAAUUCAAGCGGGCGGGGAGCUAAAGCAGCCUCCAGCCCAGCAGAGAACUACCAACUGGCCCGGCGGCGGACCCUGCAGGUUGUUGUCAGCGCCCUGCUCACCGAGAGCGGCUUCGAGAGCGCCGAGAAGGCCGCCGUGGAGACGCUAACGGAGAUGAUGCAGAGCUACUUAACUGAAAUCGGUCGAUGUGCUAAAACGUACUGUGAACACACAGCCAGGAGCGUCCCGACGUUGUCGGACACCGUGGUGACCCUCAUUGAAAUGGGUUUCAACGUCGACACGCUGCCUGUGUACGCCAAGCGAUCUCAGAGGAUGGUCAUAACUGCCCCUCCAGUGACGAACGCGCCGGUGACUCCUAAAUCUUUGUCUGCUGGACAAAAGCGGACGCAUCCGUCUCACAUUCCCGGCCAUUUCCCGGAGUUCCCCGACCCUCACACCUACAUCAAAACACCCACAUUUCGAGAGCCUGUGUCGGACUACCAGGUAGUGAGAGAAAAAGCUGCCACCCAGAGGAGAGAUGUGGAACGAGCACUGACACGUUUCAUGGCCAAAACCGGAGAAACCCAAAGCCUCUUCAAAGACGACAUCUCUGCCUUUCCCUUGAUCGCUGCCCGGCCGAGCACCAUCCCAUACCUCAAUGCCCUCCUUCCUUCAGAGCUGGAACUACAGACUCUGGAGGAGACGGACUCGUCAGAGCAGGACGACCAGACAGACAGCGAGAACGCAGCAGGGAAUGUUAUCGCUGAUGAUCCGAGUGCUGACAAAGAGAACUCCGUGCUGCCCCCUGGUGGCGUGGUUCCAUCAACCAAGGCCAGCGAAGACAACGUGAUCGACAACCCGUAUCUCCGGCCUGUCAAGAAACCCAAAGUGAGGAGGAAGAAAUGACCUUGCUCUAAUGAUGAACUCUUUUGUUGCGGCUCAGUGGGGAAGACGUUUUCUCUUCUCAGAGACGAAACUUAAAACCUGCUGUGAGAGCAGGAAGCAGCCGCUCACUGAUAGACACUGUUUUUCUAUGUUUUCUGUACACACCCACUUCAUAUUUGGAUUUGUAUGCAACAAAUGUUCCACGUUACUUCCGCACGCUUUUUGUACAAAUGCAAAAAGCAAGUGUGGGUUUUUUUUAUUAACUCUUACAGUAUCUGCUAGGUGAGGAUUUCUGCAGCUUCAGGCGACUCCUCAUGGCAUCCAUGUUGUUUUGCGAUUUCAUGCCUCAGCUGUAGAGUUAAAAAUACAGUCUCAGAUAGGCCAGUUUUCCCCUGUGCCUAAUGAACCCAUAGUCGUUGGGUACCUGAGAGAAGGAAAGUAAAACAGAAGCUGACUUUCAGUUGCUGCAUGUACAGUUUAUACAUUUGUUGUUUUUGUUUCUUCAUUCAUAGUGUGUGAUUGUAUUUUAAAUAUAAUGACUUGGCAAAGUA